AUGAACUGUGUGUGUGCCGUCGAGUGGCACUUGCCACAAUGCGUGGCCACGCAGUUUGGGAUUUUUCAACAUACGCCACCAAGCCAGCCCACCGAUACCGGCGGCCACGCGAUCCACUUGAUGAGCCGGCAGAAGAAUCAGUCGAUCAUAGACUGGGGAGAGCAUCAUAAAAUUCAUGUGACGGAGUGGAACCGACGGAGGUACCAGAAAGACAUGGAGAGGAGGGUGACUAACUGGGAUGUUUACUUGGACCGACACAUGAAGUGGUACGAUGAUGGCCAGAAGCACCGUCUUCGUCUCAGGCCUCGGUGGACGGCGGAAGACAUCACGGAGCUGGAGAGGGAUGACCCCGAGGAACAGGCCUACCAGACUGGCAUCACAGACAUGCACAGUGGAUUUAGGGAGUUUGCCCCCCUCAUCAACAAAGUGUCUGGUGAGCUGAACAGAUGCAUCUUUGAAGCCUCAGAUGCACUAGGUGAUAUCCCCGGGAGCAUACAAUCCGAGAACAAAAUGAGGGGCGCGAUGAAGAAGUUCGUGAAGCAUUGUCGCAAGCUGGUAGGGCUGCUUGGGUGUGCUGGAUCUGGGUCGGUUGAAGCUUAUCAGCCUGUAGCCACACAGGGUCACAUCGCCUCAUUGAGCCAUGCUCCCUCAUCGUCUAGGAGGUCGACAUUGCUGCUCACUUCCGAUUCAGCAGCACAGCGACCCUUCAUCCAAGCCUCAGCUCGCGCCGAGCCGGCCGCCCGGGCGCCGCUCCACGCAAUGCUCCCGCUCCUCCUGGCCGCCGUCUCCAUCCUCGCCGCCGCCGCGGCAUCCGCCCAUCAUCCCCACCCGCUCGACCCCCUCUCCCCCGCGGAGCUCACCGCCGUGCGCGCGGCCGUGCUCGCCUCGCCGCUGGUCCCGGCGCGCCCGCUCACCUUCCACUACGUCGGCCUCGACGAGCCCGACAAGCCGGACGUCCUAUCCUACGCCUACGGCAACUCCGCUUCCUCGUCCCGCUCCGCCAUGCCGCGCCGCGCCUUCGUCAUCGCGCGCGCCGGCGGCCAGUCCCACGAGCUCCGCGUCGACGUCACCGACGCCGCCGCGCCGUCCGUCCUCGGUCACGCCGUCCACCGCGGGGCCGGCUUCCCGACGCUCACGCUGGACGAGCAGUUCGCGGCGGUGGCGCUGCCGCCCGCGCACCCGCCGUUCGUGGAGUCCGUGCGCCGCCGCGGCGUGGAUAUGGCCGACGUCCUCUGCGCCGUGUUCCCCGUCGGGUGGUUCGGGGACCUCCCGGCGGAGGAGCGGAGGGUGGUGAAGCUGCUGUGCUUCGUGGCCGGGGCGACAGCCAACUUCUACGCGCGGCCGCUGGAGGGCGUCACGCUCGUGGUGGACCUCGACCGGAUGGCCAUCGUCGGGUACAGGGACAGGGUGCUGCUCCCGGUGCCCAAGGCCGAGGGGACGGACUACCGGGCAGGAAACGCCGGGCCGCCGUACGCCGGCCGCGCGCCGGCGCCCGGCACGGUGGUGCAGCCGGAGGGCAGGGGCUUCGACAUUGACGGCCACUUCGUCAGGUGGGCCAACUGGGAGUUCCACGUGGGCUUUGACGUGCGCGCCGGCACGGUCAUCUCGCUGGCCUCGAUCCACGACGCCGAGGCCGGCGCGCGGCGGCGGGUGCUCUACCGCGGGUUCGUGUCGGAGGUCUUCGUGCCGUACAUGGACCCGGCGGAGGAGUGGUACUACCGCACGUUCCUGGACGCCGGCGAGUACGGCCUGGGGCUCUGGGCCUUCCCGCUCCAGCCCGGCGCCGACUGCCCGGCCAACGCGGCGUACCUGGACGGCUACUACGCCGGCCAGGACGGCAAGCCCGUCGAGAACAAGAACAUGAUCUGCGUCUUCGAGCGGUACGCCGGCGACGUCGCGUGGCGCCACACCGAAGCCGGCUUCCCCGACCGACUGAUCACGGAGGUCCGGCCUGACGUGAGCUUGGUUGUGAGGAUGGUGGUGUCGUGUGGGAACUACGAUUACAUUUUGGACUGGGAGUUCAAGACCAGCGGCUCCAUCAAAUUCACGGUGUCUCUGACCGGCCUCCUGGAGGUGAAGGGGACGGCCUACACGCACGCCGACCAGAUCAUGGAGGACGCGCACGGCACGCUGGUGGCGGAGAACACCCUCGCCGUCUACCACGACCACUACGUCACGUACCACCUGGACCUCGACGUCGACGGCACCAACAACUCCUUCGUCAAGAACACCAUCGCCACCAAGCGCAACGAGGCCGGCACGCCAAGGAGGAGCUACUGGACGGUGCGCCGGGAGGUGGCCGAGACCGAGGCGGACGCGCAGGUGGACGUGAACGCCGCGCCGGCCGACCUGCUGGUCGUCAACCCCAACAAGCGGACCCGGAUGGGCAACGAGGUCGGGUACCGGGUCGUCCCCGGCGGCGCGACGGCGGCGUCGGUGCUGGACGACGACGACUACCCGCAGAGGCGCGCCAGCUACUGCAAGAAGCAGGUGCGGGUGACGCCGUACAGCAAGGCGGAGAAGUGGGCGCCCGGUCUGUACGCCGACCAGAGCACCGGCGACGACGGCCUGGCCGCCUGGAGCGAGAGGGACAGGGGGAUAAGGAACGAGGACAUCGUGCUGUGGUACACGGUGGGCAUCCACCACAUCCCGUACCAGGAUGACUUCCCGGUCAUGCCCACCGUGAGCGGCGGGUUCGAGCUCCGGCCGGCCAACUUCUUCGAGAGGAACCCGUUGCUCACAACGAGACCGCCCGGGCUUGACCAGCCGCCUCUCGUGAACUGCUCGUGCACCGGUGAUUCCAGAUGAUACGCCGUGCGGUCCGAUUGGCAUCAUACGUCAAAUUGAAUUCCCAAAGUUCUGGAACCCACAACAGAUCAGCAAAAAAAAGGACAAGCUACGUGCAAGUUAACUGGUUUUUUCAUUUGGACAUCUCCAACAGUUUGUAUGUUAGCUUGUUGGUAAAAUAUGCCAUGUCAAUAAUCAACACCUUAACAUACAACAACUUCAAUGGAUUGUAUCUAGUAUGCCCAAUAGGACGUGAGAUAAUAAAUAAGGUGCUCUCUCAUUCUACA